AUGGUACCAAAGGCCUUAAAGUCAAUAGCCUUGGCUUGCCCUGGACAAGGAAUCUGGCCUCAAGGAUGUCUUUAUCAUCUACGCAAACACGAGUCUCUCUUCAGGGAUUCAUUAGACUGCUUGGACGAAACCAUCGGCUCCAGCUUCUCCAAAUUUCUUUUGGAUCAGUCAUCUACCCAAAAUGAAUCGUGGAACCUUUCCACCGCCAAUGCACAACCUGCUAUUUUGAGCUCUACUUAUAUUCUUUUGGAUAUUUUCAAGAAAUUACACGGGAUAGACUUGGCUUCUUCAUCUUCUACAACACAUCUUUUGGGUCAUUCUUUGGGUGAAUACACUGCAAUCACCUUGGCUAAAGUCAUAUCCCUAGAAGACGGCUUGAACUUAGUAAGGAGGCGUGGAUUGUUGAUGGAAGAAUUUGCUAAAAGCACAGCUGAUCGCAAAUGGGAAAUGCAUGUGUUGGUGUUUCGUCCAGCUGCAUUCGAUUUGGUCCUACGCAAAGUGACGGAGGCUGGAUUGUUGGCUUGUGUCAAUAAUGAAACACAAUUGAGUAUUUCAGGAGAGCUGAAGCGUAUACUGUUGCUACUAUCAGAUCUCAACACCCCUAAAAAGACGAUUUUAAAGCAAGCAGUCUUGCCUGUGGAAAUACCAUUUCACAAUUCUGUUCUUACCGAAGUAGAAGAAGAACUUUUGAAAGUAAGGCCUGUAUCUGGAUCCCCAAUUAAACCCGUGGUAUGCAACAUUGAUGGCGUUUCGGCGAGCGAGGAUCUUCUUGAGAAAACAAUACGAGCCACUUCCAGACCUGUUCAAUGGAAGAAGUCAAUGGAUCACUUAUGUAGCUUGCAUACAGACACCGUUAUCAACAUAGGCCCUGGAAGCGCUGUGGAUAGUAUCAAUAGCCGAUUCAAAAUCAAAAAUCUCCCGAUGAAGAACGAGGAGGACAUGAAAAGCCUUGCAAAGCUCUUGAGCGGAGCCGACUGA